AUGGCGAGACCGAAGAAAGAGAUCAGCGAACAGAAUAUAGAGAAAUUCCAUAAGGAGUUGGAAAUGGCAGGGAACCGAAGUGAUCUGCUUCUAAGGGACAAGAGGGGAAGGUCCAGAUCCUGCCUGCUCUGCAAGAGAAGAAAACAAAAAUGUGACCAUAAACUUCCAAGUUGCACAGCGUGUUUGAAGGCGUCUGUGAUGUGUAUACAGCCUGUACGGUACAACGAGGAGACGCAGUCAUCUCCAGCCAACCCCUCUCACACUGGGAAACCCUUGGUUAAAGUGGAACCCUUUGGGACAAAAGUACCCAUCAUACCGAUAAACCACAGCCACAACCAAAACCAAAACGGCGGUGUGAUAGUAUCCCCAACGGUGAAGGGAACAGGGUCUUUGACACCAGCGGGCAGUGUCGCUACCACAAGCAGCACUCCAUCGUUGGCUAGUCUCAAUGAUUUCGACUCCGAGAUGGAAAACGGCCCUGGGAAUGGCUCGAUGGACUCUAGUAACAAGUACCCAUUUAGGCCGUCCUCCACAUCUUCUACCUCCUCUACCAAUCGAAUACAGAAACCCAAGACAAUGGAUAAGGACCAGUACACGUCGUUUAUCGAGCGGAAGUUGCGGUACUUGGAAAAAAUGAUAGAGUUGCCCCCUGGGGGUGCUAUGUUCCAGAGGAAACUGGGACGGUAUAAAAAGAUCACGCACCUGUUGGGGGAUAUUGACGAUUUGGAAAAAUACGUCCCCAACGGGCCAGCACAGGACCAUGUGCAAGGUAUAACGACGCCAACGACAACAAUAGCGGCACCUCGCCCGGAGAGGGGCCAUAUCCCUCAGUUAGCAAGCGACUCACUUGAUUCAAUCGACUUUAACAAGUGUCUCUUUGCCAAGUACUUUGGUAAAAAUUACUUCCCUUACGACCCGGCAUUCGAAUUUGAUGGUCCGCUAGCCAAAUCGUUACUAGACGUCUUUUUCAAAAGAUUGCAGUUUAAGUACCCGUUGCUGGACGAGCAAGAAAUCUACACUUUCCAUGAGCACUUUUCUAAGAACAAUAUCUACUUUUAUUCGACAAACGAGUUCCACUUUGCGUCGGGGAGAAUGUGGCUGGUCUUUGCUAUCAGCGCCUAUAUGAAUAAAACCACGGGUAAGUACAAAGGGCUGGCACCGGAAAGGUACUUUAGCACCGCUGUGAGGCACGUCACCAAAUGCAGUGAUAACCUGAAUUACGUCCAAAAAGUAGAAAUACUGACACUACUGGUACUUUACCUGCUGAGGACUGAUAGAGACUCCUCUUUACUGUACGAUAUCAUGAAGGAUGUGAUGUUCAUUUGUCAAAAAUACUUGUCGUUGAAUAAAUGGUUCCCUCAGGAUCCCUUCGCUCGCAAAAAACUGAGACUCUUUUGGUGUGUUUACCUCUUGGAGAGAAUGAUCUGUGUAUCGGUUGGGAAACCAUUCACGAUCAGCGAAGCAGAUAUCAAUCUGCCCUUAUUCGAUGAAAGCUCCUUUAACACCCAAAAUUCAAAAGUAAGGGGCGUUCAUUUUAUUAACCAGUCCUUGAAAUUGAGAAGACUGGAAUCAGCUUUCGUCGAAAAGUUGAACAUCCUGCCUAAUACUAAUUCCCCAACUCCACCCAAGCAGACAGAUCUGCCCUUGGUCAACGACUUCUUCAAACAAUUGGAAGUAUGGAGGUCGUCAUGUUCAAUCUCUCACGUGGAGAACUUUGAAAACGAAACGUUGAAACUGUACUAUUAUAGAUCCGUCAGAUUAUUGAUCCAGCCGUAUUUGGAAUUUUUGACCCCAGAGGACAGACUGUUCAGGGAAUCCCAGGCUGCCGCGGGACAAAUCUGCCAGCUCUACAAGAUAUUCCACCAAAAGACCGUCAGUGGCCAUUCCACACCAGCAGUGCACACUGUAUUUGUGGCUGGCGUGAACCUCGUCUAUUGUAUGUGGUUGGCAAGGAAUUACGACGACGAGAGAAGAAAGAAACUGGGAGACAUGUCCAAGCAUACGAGGCCACUGAUUAGUGCUAGCCUAUUCUCUAAUAUGGAUGACUUGAGAGCUUGCUCCGUGUGUCUCUACGUCAUGACGGAAAGAUCACAGUUUGCAAGAGUGUUCAGAGACACUUUCGAUCAGCUCAUGAACGCGACAGUUGGUAACUUGAUUGAAAGAUGUGGUCCAGACUCCUCAGAGUUAAUUUACCUAUCUGUUCAAGACGGCAACUAUUCAGUUCACGGGAACGAAUAUAAUGUCAGGAAGAGCAGUGUAGAUAGCGCUGAAGCGGAUUUGGGACAGGAUGGAUCCCGAACAACUAGUGACGAGGAUAAAGACCCUAACGGAAUGCCUCCUGCUAGGAAAAGAGUUUUCGGCAAAGGGCAGGCCGAGGAACAUGCCGGAUUUGUAGAGAAUUCGCAAGUGGAUAUAGAGGAACAGAAGAAGUUAGAGGCGAAGCAAGGAGACUUGGCUAAGCAAAUCCUGCCAAAAGGCCUGACAUAUCUACUUACGGAAACUAAUAAGGACCCACCGACUUCAAAUCUGCCUUCUAUAAUAACUAAUACGAGGGGUGUUCCUCUUGAUGAUAACCUGCUUCGGUCGGUAAAGGAUAUCGAGAAUAGCCACCAGUAUAUGAUCAAGAAGCCUGCAAACUCGAAUGAAUGUAACUGGCAGAUGGUUCAAGAACAAGCUUUCUUGCAGCAGCAAUUGGCACAGCAGAACUUGCAAGUCUAUCUGGCUUCCUUGACGAAUAGUUCCUCAAACAAAGGCAAUGCCAACAAGGGGGAAAACCCUACAUUCCCACAACAAUUCCAACCCCCCAUGUUAUCACGUCACCCUCAGCUAUCGAAUAACAUUACAAACGAUCUUCAGGCCACAACUUCGCAUAAGGAGAUAAUGACGUCUUUGCUAUCGAAGAGUAAUUCUAACAUUUCGAAUGUGAGAAACAGCGGACCAAUCGCAUCCUCGCCUUCCAUCAUGUCAGAUCAGUUGAGAUCGCUCCGAACCAAUCAUGGUACACAAGGUACAUUAUCGUCAGCGGUAGCGUCCCCUCUCCCACCAAUCGGGUACCCAACUAUUGAGGGUAAACCGGCUGAGAGUGGUGUGUUGUUCAGCAAUGGUACCCACGACAUGAUUAACAACAUUUCCACAUGGACGGGGAACUCCGUAUUUAGGGAUUUAUCGCAAAGGGAGAACUAUGCAAUUCAUCAAGGGCUGUCCUAUCCAAAUAAUAUAGUAACUGGAGACGCUAUCCCGCAAACGCCCCAGCAGCUAUCUUAUCAUAGCUACCCGCCGUCCCCAAUUCCAACAGGCCAAAACCAGUCAUACCAGAACCAGCCGUUGCAACCUCACCAGCAUUUCCAGCAGAUUCAACAGCAGCAGCACGCGCAUAUCCUUCAAGGACAAAAUAUGAGUGCAGGUAUAGAUAACACACAAUUGCCACCCUCUAUUAUGAAUAAUGCAGCCAAUGACUACCUUCACAGUGGUAACGUCAAUCAAGCGGACACUUCAAACCUAGUAGGAAGUGCUCCUUCUACACAAAUUGAAGACUUUUGGACGAUUAACGAUGAUUACGGUUUUCUGACAUGA